GAAUGACAAUGACAAUGACAAUGUCCCAGUACCUUCUGAAAAGACUUUUCGUUCCAUAUUUUUUCUUGGAUGCUUCCUUGUAUAACAUUCGCACAAUUUUUUCCACAGUUUUUCUUAGAUGCUUCCUUGUAUAACAUUCGCACAAUUUUUUCCACAGUUUUUCUUAGGUGCUUCCUUGUAUAACAUUCUUGACUUGAUUUCCUUGAAUAACAUCCAUUAAAAGAAACCCAUGCUCACACAUCUGAAGCAAAACAGGCAGCAGGUUGCAGACAAUGGGUUUGUAUUUGGAUUACGAUUCGUGUACCCCUCAGUUCACAACUGGUCAGGAGACUGCAAGUUUUCUUUGCUCGUGUGGUAUCCUGGACCAGUCUUGGAAUGAGAUACAUGAUGUUUAUACAAAAAACGUUGGUACUUUUCUUCUGAAGAGUCAUGAAGGAGUAUUAUAUGUGGCGUUCUCUGUACAUUAUAUGGAAGCCAGAGAUGGCAGAGAUGAAGAGUGCGAUCUCCAGAUCGCUGACACAGUCUUGUAUCCCAGCCUCAAGGGUGAUGAUGGUCAGCAGGCCCUUGUUCAUAAAGGGGCUUUCAAUCGGUUUCGUUAUUUUCUAAACAAUACCGAUCUCAAUGCCCGGCUGCAAGGUUUACAGGAACAAGUCAUUGUAUUUGUGGGGCAUUCCAUCGGAGGUGCAGUUGCAACCCUGGCCACUAUUUGGUUUCUGGAAAAGAGGAUGAAAAACCCCUCCCCUUUUUGCAUUACAUUUGGCUCUCCUUUAGUAGGAGAUGUCCGACUUGGGGAGGCGAUUGCUCGCCAAGAUUGGUGUGGAAGAUUUUGCCAUGUGGUAUCUCAACAUGAUAUUGUUCCUCGGAUGCUCCUUGCACCUAUUGAAUCAAUUGCUGAGCCUCUGAAUGUACUUUUGCCUCACUGGAGGAGCACAAUGGGCAUUGAAUCUGCUACUGUAUCAGAUCUUCCGAUUCAAAAGGCUUCCAAGGCUCUUCUUAAAAAAGUCUUGGAAUGCACAGAGUCUCCUGGGAGUCCGUACAUACCAUCUGGUAUUUACAUGUUCUGUUCAAUGAACGGUGUAGCUUGUAUUGAUGCUUCCGAAGCUGUCCUGAAGAUGCUACAUUACACCAUGCUUAGCGACCAAGGAUGGUCUUUUGAUCGAAUUGCAGGUGCCUGCAUUUCAGAGCACACAGGCUAUGGCGAGUUCUUGGAAGAUAUAGCGGAAGAUAUGACUAAAUACUUACAAAAUGCAAAGAAAAUUGCAAGCGUUGUCCAGAACUCCUCUUUUGAGAUGGGAAUAGCACUGGAAUUGGAAGCAAUUGGCAUUGGGUCUCAGCAGAACAAUCGUGCACUUACAGUACUCAGAAAGGCCGGCGAAAUGAAAAAGGAGCAAGACACCAACAUUGAUAAACUAAAUUUUCAGUUGAGCGAAAGACAAAGCAAUAUGGCACAGCUUGAAUGGUACAAAUUAUGCUGUAGCGACCUUGGUUACUAUGAUGCUUUCAAAGAGAAAUUUAACAAAAGAGAUAUCGACGCAAAUUUAAUUAUAGGAAAAUUGGCAUCAUUUUGGGAUGAGAUAGUUGAAAUGGUAGACAAGCACCAACUGCCCAGCGAUUUCCAAUCUCAGAACAAAUGGAUUAAUGCUGGCAAUGCACAUAGGAAACUGGUAGAGCCUUUGGAGAUUGCAAACUACUAUCAAAAGGGAGGGAAUAGUGGAAACUAUCUAUCAGCAGGGGUUAGACCCCACCGCCACGAGGUACUUGAGAAAUGGCUGAAUGAUAAAAACCAAACUCGCACAGGUAGAGAACGGAGGCCUCGCACAAAGUUUGCAUCCUUAACUGAGGACUCUUGCUUUUGGGCUCAUGUAGAAGAAGCCCUGAAAACUCUUCAACAUCAAGUCCUGAAUGCCACACAGAUUGAAAGCCUGGAGAAGUUUGAAGAUUAUUUGGGGAAUAUGAUCGAGAAUCGCAGUAUUUCUGCUGAGAUUUUCCUGGAGGGGAGUACAUUCAUAAAAUGGUGGCAACAAUACAGAGAGCUUCGACAUCAAUCUCAGCAGUGGCAGGCAAGAUCUCCCCUGUUUAACUUCAUGGACAGCAGGGGUUGGGAAACCGUGGGAAUUUAGAAGAAACAACUUUUCUCUUCAGUGAGGAAGGUUUUCCACAAUUCUAUUUUCUUGGAAGUCAAUUUGUGUGUUUUUCUUUCCAAUCUAGAUGAAUUUGUUACUGUCAUGCAGGAUAAUUUGAUUUUAAAAAACUGCCUUUUAUACCAAAUAAAAGAAAAAAAAAAAAUGCCUUUUAUCUGUAAGGAGUUCUUUA